AGCACUAUGCUCUAUCAAGAAAGCCCCAACAAAGGGGUCCAUUUCAUGCUUGAGAGGGUAAAAAGCAAACUCAUCAUCCCUCUCUUGUUCAUAUCACCCAACUUGAUCUUUGGUAUAAAAUGAGAUGAUAGAGGAUUUAGCUUUCCCACUUCAACCCACAUCAUUACACACUAACAAAUCAAACACUGCACAGAUUUCCAUGGAAACCCGCCGGCGAAACAGCAAUUCCGGGGAUAAGUUUUCCUUCCCAAUCAUCAUGCCGGUCCACGAGCAGCAAGACGGGGAGUUUGAAUUCGGGUGCGUUUCCACGUCGCCAGGCUCCCCAAAUUCCCCGGCCGAUCGAUUGUUCUUCAACGGAAAGCUGUUGCCCCACGAUUUCCCGUGCCCGCCGGCGGCGUCGGGGUUUUCCUAUUCCCGGUCGACGAGCCGGGCGAGCAGCGUCAGCAGCAAGGACUCGCUGAUGUCAUCAUCCCGGUGCAACAGCAGCAACAGCUCCCGCUGCAGCAGCGCCAGAACCAGCACGAGCGAGUCGUCGGAGAGAAAAAUGGCGGCGAAAAACAUAAUAAGAUACCAUAUGAUGCGGAACAGCCAUUCCGGCCGCCCGGUUCCCGGUUCUCAAAGAUGGCAAUUCAUGGCCACCCCGGCGGCGCUGGUUGACCGCCGGAAAAACAACCGUCACGGUACCGGCGGCGCCUCGCGGAAUCAAGAACCCAAGCUAAGGAAACAAGGUGACGACGGCGAAAAGCUUAUCAACAAGACCGCCGGAAAAUCAUCGUUUGGUCUGAGGAUCUUAAGAUCAUUCGUGUCUACUUGCAAAGAAUGUCAUGCCAUUCAGCCAUCAAACAGAGAGACAGUGAUAUUAUAAUUGAAACAUGUGUUCCAUUUUAAUUAAAAGCUUAAGCUGAUAGUUGAAUUGUACAAUUAUUACAUUUAUGCUCAACAAUUAUCGCAUAAUUAACAAUCUUUU